AUGUCUUCUUCUCGCAAUUUGCAUCAAGAAGAAGACACCAUCGAUCAUCCUGAUCAUUUGGUGGCUGAUUCUCAAGAUGACACCGAUAGCGACGCCGACUCAGCCCUUGCUUUGUCCCUAGCAAGUUCGUCAGAGUCACUCGCUUCGAGUAUUAUGAGACAUCGUCAAGAAAAUGGCAGAUCAUAUCAUGCGUUCAAGGAAGGAAGAUAUGUGCUACCCAACGAUGAGGCAGAGAAUGAAAGACUAGACCUACAGCAUAUGCUUUUCACCCUCACGUUUGAUGGCAAACUUUCUAACUUGCCAGUUGACAAGGCAAAUUCACACCGAAGGGUUUUAGAUGCCGGAACCGGAACUGGCGUCUGGGCUAUUGAUUAUGCUGAAGAUCAUCCCGAAACACAGGUUGUUGGCAUCGAUCUCAGCCCCACGCAACCCAGCUUCGUUCCUCCUAACCUCACGUUUUACAUUGAUGACAUAGAGGAUCAGUGGACGUUCUCUUACAAGUUUGACCUUAUUUAUGCCCGCAUGAUGACAGGAUCAAUUCGCGACUGGCCAAAGUUUAUCCAACAAAGCUACGACAAUCUAGAGUCAGGUGGCUGGCUUGAAUUAUCAGAUAUCAUUCUCCAACUCCACUCUGACGACAAUACUAUUCCCGAGGGAUGUGCGGCGGCAAGAUGGGGCGAAUUGAUGCUCGAAGCAGCUGACAAGUUCGGAGCCCAUCUUGACAGCUGUACACGAUAUAAACAGCAGCUACUCGAUGCGGGCUUCGUAGAUGUCGUAGAAACUAUCUACAAGUGGCCAACUAAUCCUUGGCCGCGUGAUCCCAAGUUCAAGGAGAUGGGCUUGUGGAAUUAUGAGAAUCUCGGUAAUGGAGCUUCGGGUCUGAGCCUUGCUUUAUUCACUCGCGCUUUAGGUUGGACUGCAGAGCAGGUCGAGGUGUUCUUGGUGGAUGUUAGGAGAGAUAUGAAGAACCGAGCUAUACAUGGAUGGUGGCCUAUUUAUGUCGUUUAUGGAAGGAAACCAUAA